AACAGUGCUGCACACCUCACUGGGAGUAAUUAUCGUUUCGGCAGGUGUCUACUGCCUCCUCCAGCUCACACACAGAGGCACGCUGACAGUGCUGCCAGUGUGUCGUGGCAAGGAAGAAAGGGAAGGGACCCUAAAAGAGAUGAAAAAGUCCCUUGUGCACGCCUGGGAAGUACGCCUGAGGGAGUUUAGGUGUUAAAUUAGAGGAGACAUGUUGACCCCGUGCUCUGAAGUAGCCGAUCUGCGGAAGACGUCACAAGAAGAAUAACAACAAGAUCAAGAACAAGAUCAUCGUCAUUGUUGCCUUGUUUACCUUUGUCACAGUGCUCCUCCUCCUGCUGUCCGUGUGUAUGUGUGUCUGUGUGUGCGUGUGAGCCUGCCUGUGUGUGUGUGCGUGUGUGUGUGCGUGUGUCUUUUGAAGGCACCUCUCAGGCCGCUGCUGUCUCCUCUGCCUGGAAGGAAGGAGAACAAUUCGUGACAAACAAAUAGAGGAAGGAAGGAAGGAAGGAAAGAAGGAAGGAAGGAAGAAAGAAAGGACAGUGUUGAGUCUCGCAGGUCACGCCAGCGUCUUGUAAACUGUAAAUUUGCUUGCUUCACCUGCCAAUUGUGAACCACCAAGCAAAAACCAAGCCAUCCUAUUGGUCAACAGGGGAUCACCAUCAGCCCUCCCAUUGGCCCAGAGCUUUGUGGAUUGUGAUUGGACGGCUGGCUGGCUGACCUGACCUGACCUCAACCGAGCCAACAUGAUUUACGUUUUCCUCGUUGACACUGGCACCAUGAUGACCUUUGACAUGAACCUGGCACUAGAGAGUGUUGAGGUGUUGAAGGGUGCAAUACACAAUGCUGUCAAGGUGCCCCCAGACAAACAGGUGCUGCUGGCCUCUGGGGGUGAAACACUGGACUCCUGCAAGCGGGUAUGUCAUUACUCGGCCGGCACAGACACGUCCCCCAUCUUUCUGUUCUCCAAGGUGGCCAUUGAGGGAGCGGCUCCACCAACCCCUUCUGUGCAGCCUGGCGGGGACGGCGACCUCAGGGCACAGGUGGAGGGGUGUCUCAACAUGCCAGCCACUUACAACACUGUGGUGGCGCGGACACAGUUAGCACAGCAGUUUUACGAGCACGCUAGUGAGGUCACCAGAACGUGUCGCCAACUUGUUCACGACCAGCAUCUGCAGCAACAAGGCUGGGCAGCAGUGGUGGCCAACUUGGAGGACAUUGUGGCAGCCUUCAGAACAAGACAUGACGUAUUCCAGCAAAAUUUUGUGGAGUAUCUCAGUGGCCGGGAGGAGAAGGUCGCCCUGCUUCAGUCUUUUGAAGAGGACCUUAAGCUACCGGCAAGGAUUCCAGUCUUCCCUGAACUCUUGGGGAAGACACAAGAGGAAGAGGAAGAGGAAGAAGCUGGGAAGAAGAGGAGGACAAGCACAGCACAGAAGAAAGAGGAGGAGGAAGAGAAGGAAGAGGAGGAGAAGGAGGAGGAGGAAGAGGAGGAAGAGCAGGAGGAGGAGAAAAGAGGAGGAGAAGGAGGAGGAGGAGGAGAAGGAGGAAAAAGAGAAAUGAGGCAAGUGUCACUGCUGGACUGGAUCAGCGCCAAGGACAGCCAAAGUGACGUCAGACAGAUUGCCCAACUCUGCUGCAGGGGACUGGCUCAGAUCAGUGAGGGGCUGCUGGAACAAGUGGGGCAAGAGGUCAGCGCUGUGCUUCGAGAGGCAGACCGGCCACAGAUGAAGGAGGUGAAGGGGCUUGGUGAGCGCCUGUGUGGCCUGGAGCAGCUCAUGCAUGAUGCUGCCUACGUGGUGCAGGAGCAGAGCAAUUUCUCACAGGCUCUGUUGAAGAACCAGGAGAGGGCAGGGAAGGUGAAUGACCCAUCUAUAUUCCCUGACCUCUGCACUUCACACCGCAAGAAUUUGAUGCACAUGUUGAAAAACCAUCAAAAGUUGCAAGACAUCAAAAGGAGAUGCAUCAAGACAAAGGAAGAGCUGUUGGAGAAUUUGCACGUUAGAUUGAAGUGGAUAAUGUAUAUAGAGAGGCGCCUGUACGAGGCGGACACGCGCGUCUCCAUGCAUCAAGAGAGUGUUCGGUGCCUGGCUGGACUCCUGCAAGUGGUGGAGCAGAUUCACCGCGCCCCGAGGGUCUAUGCCGCAGCCGUCACGGAGGUGGCUCGACCGGCACGCCUUCUCCAGGGCCUUCCUGCAGGUGAACUAAGGAUCAGAGAAGGUGGGCGUCUGAGCUGAGCAGCCAGAGUGGAGAGGUGUGGAGGCGCGAGGUGGAGGCAAGAAGAGGGUUUUCCCAAGACUUCUCCACCCACUUCCUAGCCUCUCUCUUUCCUGGUAUGGAAGAUCUGCCCCCUAAUUUUGCAACCUCUCUACCAUCCCAGUUUGACAUGGCUCUCCCUAAGGUUACCAAAGAAAACAUAGAUGAACUGAGAAGACUGCUGCCGGAACUUUCUCACUGUCUGGUCAUUGGUGAGGUUCUGGCGGUUCCUCCUCUGCUUCGCCAUUUCACAGCCGCUCUCAAUACACAGGAGGAGAGGAGGAGGAGGAGGAGGAGGAGGAUGAAGAAGAACGAGGAGCAGGAAGACAAGGAGCAGGAGGAGGAGGAGGAGGAGAAAGAGGAGGAGGAGGAAAAGGAAGGCUCUAGGAGAUUACAAGAAAAGACAAGCACAAAAGAUUAUUAGAUGAAAGAAGAGGAGGGAGAGGAGGAAGAAGAAGAAGAAGAGGAGGAGGAGGAGGAGGAGAAGAGGGGCUCUGUGAAGACCAAACAGCAUUUUACAGCUCUUCCUGACUACCCAAAGCACAUCAAACUGGACAAGCACAGUUUUGAAGAAGAGGAGGAGGAAGAGGAAGAGGAAGGAGGAGGGGGAGGGUUAGGUGUGGCCCUCCCUCCCCCUCCCACACCACUGCAGUCCCAGCCUCUGAUUGGCCAGCUCUCAGCCAAUCAAGAGAGAGACUUUAUGGCCUUGCAGGUUGAAUUGAGUGAAGCAAGAGUGGAAGUAGAGAGGCUGAGAGACAGACUGGGACAACUUGGUGAUUUGAAGGGACAAGUGAAUGCACUGAGAGAGAAGGUGAAGGUGGAGGGCAGUUCCUACCUGUCGUAUGUGUCUCAGGUGUCGUCGUCAAUCUUGGACUUGAUCUUCCAGAUACAAGACGAGAACACAAGCAAGAGGAAUGAGGAGGAGGAAGAGGAGAGGAAGAGAUCGGACAGCCUUCACCAGCAGCUGACAGAGACCCAACACAAGCUGGCAGACACUCAACACAAGCUGGCAGACACACACAGACUGGCUGAUGUUUAUAAAGGCCAGUUGGAAGAUGCUCACAGGGAGAUUGAAAUAUAUAUGGACCAAUUGCAUAGACAAGAACAAAGCCUACAGCAAGCAGCAACGGAAGCAGAGGAGGCAAGACAGAAGAUGGAGGAGGAGAGGAAGAAGGAGGUGGAGGAGGUGGAGGAAAGGUGGAGAGAGAAGAUGAAGCAAGCUACUCUAGAACAUGAACUGGAGAUGGAAGAGUUAAGACAGCAGUUAGGAACAGUGAAGGAGACACUGGUGGCCGGCCUAGAGGGAAGAGUGGAGGAGAAAGUAAGGGAGCAACUUCAGCAAGAAAAAGAAAGAAUUGUAAAGAUUUUGGAAACAAGUUUUGUAGAGAGGGAAAGAAAUGCACUGGAAAUUUUGAAGGCAGAGCUGCUGGAAAGGUUGAGGCAGGAGAAGGAGGAAACAGUGGAACAAGAAGGGAACAAGAUCAGAGCUGAGUGGAAGAAAGAUUUGCAUAGGAAAGAAGAAGAAAAGAAGAGAGAAAGACAAGAAUUUCUGGAGGAUGAGAGGAGACACUGGGAGAAGGAGAAGGAAGAGGAAGUGCAGAGGAAACUUGCUCUUGUUGUGGAGGAAGGCCGAAGGGAACUGGAGGAGGAGAGAAAGAGACACAGGCUGGAGGUUGAAAACAUAAGGUCUAGAUUUAGAAUGAUGACAACGACGACAGCCACCACCAGCACCUCCCCCACUAGCCUGCCUUUCUCUUCAAGUCCCAGCGAGGAGCACCCGCCCUCCUCCCCACCCUCCUCUCUCAACAGAUGGGAGGGCCUGGACAGACUGAGAGAGGAACUGAUGAAAGAGAGAGAGAUAGAGAUUGAAGAGAGAAUUGGAAGUGUAAGAGAGGAAGAAAGGAGGAAAUUAGAUGACGAAAAACAGAUGGAGUUUGCAGAAGCAGUGAAAGCUUUGGCGCAGGACAAAGAAAGGGUUAUUGAAGAUUUGAAGAUUAGGAUUCAGCUUCUAACAGAUGAGUGUGACAGAAGAAGAGGAGGAGGAGGAGGAAGGGAAAAAUGUUGGAGGACAUAUUGCAAGAAAAUGUUGAAUUGAAGAAUCAGAUCACCUCACUGCAGAAAAAAGUCAGAAAUUUGGAAACUGAACUGGCAAGAGCAAAACGGUUUUCAUUUGUGACGCAGCAGAGCACCACCACCACCACUGCCACCACCGCCAUCGCUGCUGCUGCUGCCACCGACAUGACGGCCUCCACAGCCUCAACGACUGUUAAUGAAGACACAAGAGAGAAUUUGGUACGUUAGGUUAGGUUUACCAGUGUCUCUCUUCUGAAUCACUGUGCUUUGUAACUGCCACUGUUUUGCAAGGCCACAGGGAUGUUUAGCUGGGUUCUCAAGAGUGUUUCUCCUACACAAAUGUUGUUAAUCUGUCACUGGAACCAUAAAAACACCCUUGAAAACCUGCAUUUUAAAAGAGUGUUUCUCCUGUCAUUAAUGCAGAAAUGAACACCCUUGAAAACACAGGUCACUUCAGUUAGAGCAUUUUAAAAGAGUGUUUCUCCUGUCAGUAAUGCAGAAAUGUUGUUGAUCUGUCGCAGAAAUGUUGUUAAUCUGUCGCAGAAAUGUUGUUAAUCUGUUGCAGAAAUGUUGUUAAUCUGUUGCUAGAACCAUAAAAACACCCUUGAAAACCCACAUCACUUUAAGUUGAGCCUUUUAAAAGAGUGUUUCUCCUGUCAUUAAUGCAGAAAUGAACACCCUUGAAAACAUGCAUCACUUCAACUAGAGCCUUUUAAAAGAGUGUUUCUUCUGUUAAUAAUACAGAAAUGUUAAUCUGUCACUGGAACCAUAAAAACACCCUUGAAAACCUGCGUCACUUCAGCUAGAGCAUUUUAAAAGAGUGUUUCUCAUGUCAGUAAUGCAGAAAUGUUGUUAAUCUGUCACUGCAACUGUAAAAACACCCUUGAAAACCUGCAUCACUUCAACUACAGCCUUUUAAAAGAGUGUUUCUCCUGUCAGUAAUGCAGAAAUGUUGUUAAUCUGUCACUGCAACUGUAAAAACACCCUUGAAAACCUGCAUCACUUCAACUACAGCCUUUUAAAAGAGUGUUUCUCCUGUCAGUAAUGCAGAAAUGUUGUUAAUCUAUCACUACAACUGUAAAAACACCCUAGAAAACCUGCAUCACUUCAAUUAGAGCCUUUCAAAAGAGUGUUUCUCCUGUCAGUAAUGCAGAAAUGUUGUUAAUCUGUCACUGCAACUGUAAAAACACCCUUGAAAACUCACAUCACUUCAAUUACAGCCUUUUAAAAGAGUGUUUCUCCUGUCAGUAAUGCAGCAAAGUGUUUCUCCUGUUAGAUACAAUGCUGAGAAUAGUCUGUGUCCAUAUUACUUGAUACAGAAGCCACAUCCUCACUCUGUCACAUCUUUAGGGGAACUGAAGAAAAACUGAGGCUGGUGUUAGCAUAGUAAUAAUAAUGAUAGCAAUAAUUUUAAGGUAUUUAUGUAUGUAUAUAGUCACCCUUGUCAGUAGACACCUGCCGAAACGAUAAUUACUCCCAGUGAGGUCUAAAGCACUGUUCAGGGGGUGCUGUGAACUUAUCAUUAAACCCAGCUGUGA